AUGAAGGCUGAGCAGGAGCCGAGCAGGCGGCGGUUGCCACACCGGACAGAUGACUCGCUGGCGACCCUGGAGGUGAAGCAGGAGCCUCUGAGCCCCGAACCUGUCGCGCACCGCCUGCCCGACGCCCCAGCUUCCGCUAUCUCGCACCGGUCCCCAGGCAAAAGGAAAAACCAGUCCUCAGGGAGAAGAAGCGAGUCUCCCCAGACCAAGAGUAGCCGGAGUUCCCACUACUCCGCGGUCAGAGUGAAGCAGGAGCGUGAGGACCAUCCACGGGGAGGUCCAGAGCAUCGGCAGCACCGGCAGCCAUCAGAACGGUUGCAGAGGAGAGCUGGGAACAGAGAGCGAGACCAGCACCAGGGUCGUCCCCGCCAAAGGAGGAGCUGGGAUGAGAGGCCUGUCCGUGGGCAGGGUCGGCAUGGAGACAGCCAGAAGCUGCAGGCCCAGGAAGAAGAGAGGGACUUUCAGAAUGCCAUGCGCCGCCAGCAGCAUGGCCAGCAGAAGGAAGGAGCUGGCGGUGAGGCUCAGGAGGUGAUCCCUCGCCCUGCUGCUAACAGAAGCAAAGAGGUGCCUGUUAAAGAAAAACGAAGCCUUGAACUUUCUGGGACACUUCUUGAGGACACCAAUACCUUCCGGGGUGUGGUCAUUAAGUACAGCGAACCUCCAGAAGCCCGGAUCCCCAAAAAACGGUGGCGUCUCUACCCCUUUAAAAAUGACGACAUACUUCCGGUCAUGUACAUCCACCGGCAGAGUGCUUACCUUCUGGGUCGAGAUCGCCUCGUCGCCGACAUUCCCAUCGACCAUCCCUCUUGCUCAAAGCAGCAUGCAGUCUUCCAGUACCGGCUUGUGGAGCACACGCGUGCUGACGGCACGGUUGGUCGGACCGUGAAGCCCUACAUCCUUGACCUUGGCUCCAGCAACGGAACCUUCUUGAACUACACGCGUAUUGAGCCGCAGAGAUACUACGAACUGAAGGAAAAGGAUGUCCUUAAAUUUGGGUUCAGCAGUAGGGAAUAUGUCUUGCUCCAUGAGUCUUCAGACACCUCUGAAGCAGACAGGAAGGAAGAGGAGGAGGAGGAGGAGGAGGAGGAGGAGGAGGAGGAGGAGGAGGAGGAGGAAAUGGUGUCUCACGGUUAGCAACUGAGAAGCACCCCACACUAUUAGAAACCGUUCUGAGUGGAGGCCUUGGGUUGACUCUCCAGCGCAUCUUUUUGCCUUAAGUCUUUCCUCUGUUGCUGCCCAGCUGUGUUGCACCAUGAGAACUCUCACUUGGUGUUUUGUUGAACUCGGCACAGCAGCCGCCUGACUGUGGGCGCUUGUUUUCAGCACAAUCUUGAGGCGGCCCACGCAGCUGGAGCGCGAAAUCCGGAGAGGGACGCCAAGGUUAAACAGCACUCUAGACACCCAGUUUCAGUUCGUCAGGGAAGCAGUUCUCUUUAUUCGGACCAACAUGGGCUUAUAUAGCCCUCUAACAGCAGGAGUCAAGGAAUGGUUACUCUGUAUCCGUAGGCAAGCGGGACACUUUUCCAAACAGGAAAAACCACAGGGGAACUGAUCCCCUGCACCCUCCGGAACCCAACUGCACAUUUUUCACACAAACAACUUAACUGGGACAGGGCAUUUAAGAUUAAGGCAGCAAAUUUACUGCUGCCGACACAAUCUCACCAACGACAGCAUUUGGAGUUUUGGACAAAGUGUGUGGCUGGGCGCCUUCCGAACUGCUGCACAGGAAACUUAAGCUCUUGGAAUGGGGACUGUGGCUUGCUCUCUUUGUACAGUUUCUUGGGACCUAUAUUGUCUCUGGCCUGGGAUCGUAAAGUAGGCUUGGCUGGCUGCCUAGGGAGCUCCUGGGUGCUGGGAACUGAACCCAGCUUCUGUCUCCCAAGAGCUGGGAUGAAAGGCGUAUGCCACCUUAGCCAAACCUAUUGCCUGGUUUUAAUCCCAGCCCUCCAGAGGUAGCAGGUGGAUCUCUAUGAGUUCAGGGCCAGUCUGAUCUACAUGCUCUAGGCCAGGCAAGGCAACAUAAGGGUACUAAAGGAAACCCUGCCUCCCAAAACAAAACC